UUUCGAAAAUGCGGAACAAAUAUAUUUUCUCCAUGUUUCCUAUUAUUUUGCUGGUUUUCUUUGGAAAACUAGAAAGUACUGAUCGAAUGUCAACGAAUACGAUUCCAAUUGAACCUUCUACUCCUACAACAACACCUUCUGAUAUUGUGCUCCCAGAAAACACUACUAUGUCCGAUAUAUUAAAAAAUACUAAAAGCGGGCAAUGUGAAACAUUGGAAGAAGUUCUGUGUGGAUGUUCGACAUGUUCAACAUCAUGUCUUGGAACGUCAACGACAGUAGGAUCUUCCAAGCGGAGUUCAAUUUCCACUGUGACCAAAAAUGAAACGUCCACUAGAUCAUCGUCAUCUACUUCGCAGAGCUUACCAACAAGCAAAAGUUUGGUUUCGAGCACCACAUCCAACAAAGAUCUUGAAACAACUUCUGCUACGAUUACGGUCUCAUCUAGCUCCAUCACCAGCUCCACCAAAGAAAUCUCAAGUAGAACAACUGGAAACUCAUCUGGAACUUCUGAAGUCACUUCAACUUUCUCUAAGGUGCCACUGGCUACACAAUCCUCUCACUCUACAUCCUUGCCGUCAACCCCAUCUACUUCAACUCAACCAAGUUCAACAUCUGCCAAAGGCUCCACAACAUCCACUAUUGGUGAUUUGAACACAACUCGGACAUCGACGAUUUCAAGCACAGAAAAAUCUAGCUCAAUGUCCCCAACAAUCAAAAGCUCAUCUCCCUCCUCACCACCUAUGACACCCACAAUUAAGAUUUCAACACAGAAAGGAUUAUCUUCUAGCACAGUCAGUUUUCCGAGAUGUUUCGUUUUCUAUCAAAAAUCAACCUACAUUUCAACAAGAACUGAGUCAACCACCGUAUCACCGACAUCAUCAAGUACUGCAAUACAGGAUAAUACAACAUUCUCCACAGCAAAAUCCACUGCAACUUCAAGCCAAACUCCAAUUCAUUCGACUUCAGCAACCCUCGCAAGCAGUACCGUAAAAUCUUCAUCUCCUGCUUCAUCAGGAUCUACUAGUUCCAGCUCCACCUCACAGCCUUCGACAUCGUCAAAAAACACAGAUUCGUCAACUGCACCUUGGACUGAGCACGCAAAAGCUGAAGAUAUAAUUUCAAGUACUACUACUUCUAAAAUAAGUUCAUCUUUGUCAUCUACCCAGUCUACAGCUUCAACUUCAAGCACUCCAUAUUCCACCUCGUCUUCAGAAACUCCAGAUUCUUCUACCACCACGACUGUGAUAUCCACCACUAGAGAUCCAUCUUGUUCGGUGCAAUGUCCUGAUGGAUAUGUUGCAGGUGAAACAAUGUGCUACUACUUUGCCGAACUAUCUGACAUCAAGUCCUAUCAAUCAGCUCUUUCUUACUGCCAAACAGUCAAUCUUCGGAACCUGAUCUUUCUUGAGAAUCUUCGAGAUCUCAAUGAUCUUCAAACUCUUCGCUCAAAAAGUUCAUCAAUUCAAUCCACGUCGUUCUAUUUUGCAAACGGAGGAGGAUCUGUGCAAGAGCGGCUCAACAAAAAAGCUCAAGUACUUGAUAUUACCCAAUUAACAGCCAUGACAUCUCCAAUUGCAAUGACAGUGGGGAUAUCUGACACUACGACGAAUGUUUCAGCGAUAUGUGUUCUUCCACAAUACUGUAACAUAUCCAAAUGCUACGUGGAAACUGCUCUAAACAUCCUCGAACUCAACUCAAUUCUCUCUUCAUCAAAAGAAACAAUUGAUACUACUUCCACUGCAAGCCUAACAUGCUCCUACACAAAAUCAAUUACAACUGUCUCAUGUGGAACACGUGGAAAUAUAAUGCCAAGUCCAACAACUAUCAGUUGUGCAGCAGAAGGUGUUGCUCAGAAGCUUGCAAAUACAACGUCUGAUUUUGUCUCUAGUUGCGCUAUGUGUUUUACUCGUGGAACUGACUUCUGUGAGACAACAGUUGAUGCAGAUGGAAAUUAUGCCUAUCAAUGUCAUUGCAAGCCUAAAUAUUCUAUGAGCACCUGCUGGUACACUCCUGAUGCUUGCACUCCAACUACAUGUAAUGGUCAUGGAAAGUGUUAUGAUUACGUAGAAGAUGUGAAAUGUGACUGUUACUGGGGAUACGAGGGCGAACAUUGUGAAGUGAAUAAGGAUCGAGUCACAAAUACAACUGACUCAUUUUUCACUCGUUUUGGAAAUUAUAUUUUCGAUUCUCCGACUAUCAAUUCUCUCGUGUCCUGUUCUUCGACAGUGCUCCUGAUCGGUGUUAAAUCUGUUGGAAAAAUUUACUUGUCGAAUGGAGAAGAUGAUCCACAAGAAACUCAUCAAACGGCUCGAUCAUUUUUAUUGACUCUCGGCACAUCCUGCGUACUCUUUUUCAACGAUCCGUAUAUGUUCAAAAUCUCACAAGCCACGUGUCGGAUGUUCUUUAUCGUUAUACAUUUUUGUUUCAUUGGAGCAAUGAUCCAGUGGAUGCUAGAAGGAUAUAAUGCAAAUCAAGUGGUUCGAUGUGUUCAUCUAAAUGAAUGGGAACGAGAUUUUGAAUGUAGAAGAGCAUGGGGUAUAAUGGUUGCUCCACGAAUGGUUGUACCAUUGCUUUUAUUGGCAGUAGCACUGGGUGUCCUUUUUCAAUCAAACUGGAAUCAACUUCCUUCAACAUGGACAUGCGUUGGUGUGAUUUGCAAUGAAACAACUUCAGUUUGGUUAUCAGCAAUAUGGAUUGUUCUUUGUAUUGUUGUCUCUACGGCAACAUUUGCAGAAUCCAGUGUUUUAAUCAAAAAUCGCCGUCCCUUGUACAAUCUGAAAAUUCGACAACGAAUCGAACAUAAGGAGGGAGUCAUUGAUGGUUGGGUUGCCGAAAAGUGCCGAAGAAAUACAGUUUUAUGUUUUAUUGGAGUUUCUCUUCUGUCUGCAACGUGGCUCCUGACCAUUCUAGCCGCGGAUAAACGGAGCAAAGGAAUUUAUGGAUGGGUUCUCACACUCGUGGGAAUCAUUUAUGGAGUAUUCAGUUUUGUCCAAGGACUCUACACGGAUCCAAAUUGUUGGUCCUCUAUUCUAUGGCUCGCGAUGAAAAAGUUUCCUGCUCGAUUUGCUCCAUCCUAUGAUCCGAUUUCCAUGUGGACUCGUGAGGAAGUGAAAGAAAUUCAAAAGCUUCCAAAAGAACAACAAGAAAUAAUGAAACAACAAAUGCUUCCAUUGAAUAAAAGAUUAUUCCUACAUCACAAAUGGGAUUUGAUUCUCAAUCAGAAAUUGGAAGCAGGACUGGAUGUCUCUGCUGGUUUACUGGAAAUUCUGCGAACUGAGAUAAAGAAGCAUCAUGAUUUGGCUGGAACUCAAUUUCAAAAAGAACAACUCCAAGAAACAUUUGCGGAAUUUGUGAAAUCAGUCGCUGAACGACCACCAAGAAAUGAUUUAUUGGGAACCAAUGCAAAGAGUGAAGUUGUGACUCUAUGUGCAGAAAAAGAGGAUGGAACUGCAAGAGUGACCAAAUUUAUGCUAGUCCCCGGAAUCGAUGUUUUCAAACCAGAAGAGUACUAUGAUGAUGCUGAUGAUAUUGACAGAAAGAGAUUUAAUAAUGAAAUUGAUAAGGAAACCUACAAAAUUGCAAGAGAAGAAGCAACGUCUCAAAACAACUUUAUGAAUUCGGCCAUCAAAUUCAAGUACUACGGAAAAAUCAAAAGAUGACUUCUAAAUGAUGGAUUAAUUGUGAUCUUUAUUUGAAACAUGAAAUGAAGCAUCUUGUUAACA